UCCACUCCAACAACCACAACUUUCUUCUUCUUCUUCUUUCAGAUUAUUUCGUUUCAUUAAAGAACGGGAAAUGGAAGGUCUUAUUCCUUUUGUUUACAGAGCCAUAGUCCAAUACAAGAACGGAAGGCAAGAUCACGUGUUAGCCAAAUGGUUCAACGACUCACCCUCACCUUCUUACAUAAGACUCCCGACCGGCGAUUCCGGUCGGUUUCAGAUAUCCGAUGAAAGAGUCUUCGAAGCCGAUAAUUACGUUUCAUCAUCACCAUCUUCUUCUUCUUCAACUACCAAGAUUAUUUUAUCGACCGGAGUUCAAUCUCCCGCCGUCUGUCGUUUAACCUCCCGCCGCGUCGUUGCAUGAUAUGUGUAGAAGGAAAACAUUUCAGCAGGUGGCGUGUCUGAAGGAAGCUGAAGAUUUGCCACUAUAGUCGAAGUACAUGGUUUGUUCAGUUGUCUAGUGUCUGUUAUGUUCAUGUAAUAAAAAAAGCGUAUGCGAAUACCAAAGGGGGAAGCAUGUGCUUGAAAAUGGUGUAGGGAGGCCAAAGGGAUGGCCCUAUGCCCCUGUAAAUAGAUGCAAAUGGUGAUGUAAUUUUAAGGCCAAAGGGUCUGUCUUUGUGUUAUUUUAUAUAUGUUACUCUAAAGUGGAAUCAAAUGUUGUAAGAAUCAUCAGUUUGUGUUUUGUUUUGAUUUAGUGUGUUUUUUAGUGUUUGAA